UCACUUACUCUCUUUCCUCUCCAGGUCUCCAUCUCAAACAUAGUGACUAUAAUAAUUUUGAUGAAUCAUCCGAAACAAAAUGGUACUUACAAGGAUGGGGUUAACAUGGCGGGGCCUUUAGCUUUAUGAAUGUUCGGAUUUUAAUUCUUCUUCAAACUCUGACGAUAAUUGAUUGAUUUGAUACAGUCACAAUACACUCGGAAACUGUGAUCAUUUGCGUCCCAGGAACCAGAGUCGCCCUUUAGAAAAUGAAGAUCAAAUCGAAAAUUAUCGUAGAAGGAGGAGGCAUUUGAGGUCGAAAUUGAAAUAGCAAUAAUGGUGCACAGUGCGUAUGAUUCCUUCGAGCUUCUAAGAGGGUGUCCGACAAGAAUUGAUGCAGUUGAAUCGUACGGGUCAAAGCUUCUCGUUGGCUGCUCCGAUGGGGCUCUUCGAAUAUAUGGUCCGGAUCGAUCUUCGCUGUCAGAUUAUCACGGACAAGCUCAAGAGCUGAAGAAGGAAACUUAUGCUUUGGAGAGAACUGUGAAUGGGUUUUCAAAAAGGGCUUUAUUAUCAAUGGAGGUAUUGGCAUCAAGAGAGUUGCUUUUAUCGCUCUCUGAAUCAAUUGCAUUUCAUAGACUUCCCCAUUUGGAGACGUUAGCUGUGAUUACUAAGGCAAAAGGCGCCAAUGUCUAUUCAUGGGAUGACAGAAGAGGGUUUUUGUGCUUUGCUAGGCAAAAGCGAGUCAGUAUCUUCAGGCACGAUGGGGGACGAGGAUUUGUGGAGGUAAAGGACUUUGGUGUUCCAGAUACUGUGAAGUCCAUAUCUUGGUGUGGUGAAAAUAUAUGUUUAGGGAUUAGAAAGGAAUACAUGAUAUUGAAUGCUAUUAAUGGUGCAUUGACUGAGGUAUUUUCCUCUGGGAGACUAGCCCCUCCUUUAGUGGUCUCUCUACCUUCUGGAGAGCUUCUUCUUGGAAAGGAGAACAUUGGGGUGUUUGUGGACCAAAAUGGCAAACUUCUUCAAGCAGAGAGGAUUUGUUGGUCAGAGGCUCCUUCUGUCAUUGUCAUUCAGAAGCCAUAUGCAAUAGGUCUGCUUCCAAGACGUGUUGAGAUUCGCUCUCUCCGAGUUCCAUAUCCAUUGAUACAAACCAUUGCUCUUCAAAAUGUUCGACAUCUUAUUCAAAGUAAUAAUGCAGUAAUUGUUGCAUUAGACAAUUCUGUAUAUGGGUUGUUCCCUGUUCCUCUUGGUGCACAGAUUGUACAGUUAACAGCAUCAGGAAAUUUUGAGGAAGCUUUAUCCUUGUGCAAGCUUCUUCCACCUGAAGACUCAAACCUUCGAGCAGCAAAGGAGGGAUCAAUUCAUUUAAGAUAUGCUCACUAUCUUUUUGAUAAUGGGAGCUAUGAAGAGGCUAUGGAACACUUUUUAGCGUCCCAAGUGGAUAUGACCUAUGUGCUUUCUUUGUAUCCAUCUAUUGUUUUACCCAAAACAUCCAUUCUUCUUGAACCUGAAAAGUUAAUGGAUAUUUCUUCAGAUGCCCCAUAUCUCUCAAGAGCUUCAUCCGGAGUGUCAGAUGAUAUGGAAUCCUCACUUCCACCGCAGUUAACUGAUUUUGAUGAGCAUUUUUCCCUUGAAUCAAAAAAAAUGAGCCAUAAUACUCUUAUGGCUCUUGUUAAGUUCUUGCAGAAAAAGAGAUGCAGUAUAAUUGAGAAGGCUACUGCCGAGGGAACAGAAGAAGUUGUUUUAGAUGCUGUGGGAGAUAAUUUUGGACCUUAUGACUCUAGCAGGUUUAAGAAAUCCAGCAAGGGGCGUGGUAACAUUUCCAUUAAUUCAGGUGCUCGGGAAAUGGCAGCUAUACUGGAUACGGCACUACUACAAGCUCUUCUUCUUACCGGACAGUCUUCAGCAGCUUUAGAAUUACUUAAAGGUCUCAACUACUGUGACCUAAAGAUAUGUGAGGAGAUUCUUCAGAAGCAGAAUCAUUAUACUGCUUUAUUGGAACUUUAUAAGUGCAACUCUAUGCAUCGAGAAGCUCUGAAACUUUUGCAUCAACUGGUUGAAGAGUCGGAAUCAAGCCAACUGCAAGUUGAGCUUACCUCAAAGUUCAAGCCUGAAUCUAUUAUUGAAUAUCUUAAGCCUCUCUGUGGGACAGACCCCAUGCUUGUCCUGGAGUUCUCAAUGCUUGUUCUUGAAAGCUGUCCAACGCAAACUAUUGAGCUCUUUCUUUCUGGGAAUAUUCCUGCAGACUUGGUCAAUUCUUAUCUGAAGCAGCAUGCUCCAAAUAUGCAGGGAAGAUAUCUAGAACUCAUGCUUGCAAUGAAUGAAAAUGGGAUCUCUGGAAACCUGCAGAAUGAAAUGGUACAAAUCUAUCUCUCAGAAGUACUUGAUUGGUACUCAGACCUGAGUGCUCAACAGAAAUGGGAUGAAAAGGCUUAUUCCCCAACAAGGAAGAAAUUAUUGUCUGCUUUAGAAAGUAUCUCGGGGUACAAUCCUGAGGCUUUAUUAAAACGGCUUCCAGCGGAUGCAUUAUAUGAAGAGCGAGCAAUCUUAUUGGGGAAAAUGAACCAACAUGAGCUUGCAUUAUCUCUUUAUGUUCACAAGCUUCAUGUUCCUGAAUUGUCAUUGUCCUAUUGUGACCGGGUUUAUGAGUCUGCAGCUCAUCAACCAUCUAUUAAAUCUUCUGGCAAUAUUUACCUCACUCUUCUGCAAAUUUAUCUGAAUCCUCAGAAGACAAUCAAGAACUUUGAAAAGCGAAUUACGAAUAUAGUGUCCUCUCAGAGUACAAGUAUUCCUAGAGUUAGUUCUGGAACUUCAGUUAAAGCUAAAGGAGGCCGUGGGGCGAAGAAAAUUGCUGCAAUAGAGGGUGCAGAGGAUGUGCGUUUUAGUCAUAGUGGCACUGACAGGAGUGAUGGUGAUACAGAUGAAUUUAGUGAGGAAGGAGGUUCUAUGAUUAUGCUCGAUGAGGUCCUUGACCUUUUAAGCAGAAGGUGGGACAGAAUCAAUGGAGCUCAGGCCCUCAGACUUUUACCAAAAGAAACAAAAUUGCAGAAUUUGAUUCCUUUUCUUGGACCACUUAUGAGGAAAUCCAGUGAAGCAUACCGGAAUCUCUCAGUUAUCAAGAGCCUGAGGCAGAGUGAGAACCUGCAGGUGAAAGAUGAACUUUACAACCAAAGGAAAGCAGUAGUGAAGAUAAGCAGUGAUAGUAUGUGCUCUCUUUGCAACAAGAAAAUUGGAACGAGUGUUUUCGCAGUUUAUCCCAAUGGGAAAUCGCUUGUUCACUUUGUUUGCUUUAGGGACUCUCAGAGUAUGAAAGCUGUGGCUAAAGGCUCACCUCUAAGAAAAAGAUGAUUCAGUAGUCAACUGUUCUCCCACCUACUUUUGAUUGAGAAGGUCAAGUUUUUCUUUGCACGCAGCUUACUGUGAUUACGACACUUGUCUGUAUUCCCAAAUGUUUUCGUAAUAGGAUCGGUGGUUUCAUUUUUGGCAGAGAAUGAUGUUUUACUGGUUUGUAGAUAGUAGUGAUGCAUGUAGAUCGCAAUGCAUUCCAUUGAGUUGUGGGAUUCAUUUUGCUUCUACUGUUUAUAUAAUGAGGGUGUUUUCAGUGUCCCAGUCUGAUACAACAGUUUGAUUUUUUGUUGUAUGUUAGUGAAAUAUUUUCUUUAGCGAUGGUGAUGGAA